CUUCUCAGCGCUACAGAGGGUUGGCGAACUGUCUGUCGAGGGCACUAAUCUGUUGAGAAGCUUUCGUUUUCUUCAUAUCUAUCCACUUUCACCCAGGACAGUUGAUUUAGUAUUCAACCUACACGGUUUACACCACGAAUGUUACUGCGUAUGGCUGCUUCUAACGGACAGUAAAGAGAACUCAAUUUACGUAACGACGUACUGUAAAAGACUAUCAUAUCAGAAAAACGUUAAAACAAAUCGAACACAAGAACUUGAGGACGUCGACCUCCUGGAAAGCUUUUCAGAUGUUCACCACGCAGGCAAGACGUUAACCCAAAACGUUAAUCCACGGUUCACUGACGCCCUGCGAUAGGAUGGCGCAGUGGAAACAGUUGCAGCUGCAGCUGCAGUGCCUGUCCCACCAGCACCUGAAUGAGCUCUACCCCCCCACCUUCCCCAUGGAUGUCCGCUGCUACCUGGCUUCCUGGAUCGAGGAACAGUGCUGGGAUGAGAUCAUCGACAGUCCGGAUCAGGAUGCUCGGGCGUUGGGGUUGUUGGAGCAGAUCAUCUCUCUCCUGCAGAGAAUCUCACAGGACAGCAGCAAUGUGGUGGAGAAGAUGCGGCUGCAGCAGAUCUCCAGGAACAUGAAUGUCUACCGAUCUCAGCCACUUCAGCUGGUGAAGACGGUCCAGAACACCCUAAACAAAGAGAGAAUCCUGCUCAACCAUGUACUCCCCACUUUCUCCCCCUCCACCUCACAGGCGUCAUACUCUCCCGCCCCCUCCCCUCUCCCGAGCGUGCCCCUGGGGUCUGGGCGGGCCGAUGGGGCCUGGGGAUCCCAGACAGAUCUAGGGAACAGGGACGUGGACAUGUUGGUGCUCAAAGUGCUGGAGAUACAGCAGUGCAGACAGGAGAUCCACCAGAUGCAGGAGGACCUGAACUGGGAAAGAGCUAACUUUGAGUCCCUGCAGGUUUCCUUGGCGUCCAACAUGAGCAACGGUCUGGACGCCAAUUCAUCAGAACAAAUCAAGAAACUCCAGAGCCGCAUUCAGCAACUGGAGUUUAACGGGCAGGAAAUUUCCAAGAAGCGCCUGCAGCUCCUGCGGGAGGCGGUGGACUGCCUGGAACACUGCCAGGCUCGCCUCCUCCAGCGGAUAAAGUCCUGGAGGAGGGAGCAGCACCUGGCCUCCAUUGGGGCCCCUUUCGACGAUAACCUGGGGCCCCUGCAGACCUGGUGUGAGCAGUUACUUGGCGUGAAUGUUAAACUCAGACAGGAAAUUAUUCUUGUGGGGCGGGACUGUCCAGGCGGGGAGCCAAUCACAGAGCUGCAGGAGAGGCUCGGUCUUCUGCUCCAGACACUAAUCCAGAGCUCCCUGAUGGUGGACAAGCAGCCCCCGCAGGUGAUAAAGACGCAGUCCAAGUUCUCCACCACCGUGCGCUACCUGCUGGGGGAGAAGGUGACCCCAGGGAAGCCCGUUCUGCUCAAGGCCCAGAUCAUCACCGAGAUGCAGGCCCGGAGCCUGGGCCAGCUGGGCUCCAUCCCCACGGAAAACGUUGGCGAGCUGAUCAACAACUCGGCCAUCUUGGAACACAACACGUCCACCAAGAGCACUUGCGCCACCUUCAGGAACAUGUCCAUAAAAAAGAUUAAGAGGGCGGACAGGAGGGGAUCGGAGUCGGUGACAGAAGAGAAGUUUGCGCUCCUUUUUUCCAGUGAAAUCAGUAUCACGGGGUGUGACAUGCCCUGCUGCAUGCAGGUGAUCUCUCUUCCCAUCGUUGUGAUCGUUCACGGUAGCCAAGACAACAACGCUCUGGCCACAAUCAUAUGGGAUUGUGCCUUCUCUGAACCAGACCGGGUACCGUUCGUGGUCCCUGAGCGGGUGCCCUGGAAGCAGAUGUGUCUGACCCUGGACAGUAAGUUCCGGUUAGAGGUGCAGACGCAGCGCAGCCUGGACCCCUACAACCAGCACUUCCUCGCACAGAAGAUCUUCGACAAGCCCGACAUCUCCGGAGACUUCAGCAACAUGCUGGUGUCCUGGGCCCAGUUCAAUAAGGAAGUGUUGCCAGGGCGUUCAUUCACCUUCUGGCAGUGGUUUGAUGGUGUGAUGGAGCUCACCAAGAAACACCUGAAGAGCUACUGGAGUGAUAAGCUAAUUUUCGGCUUCAUCGGGAAGCAGCAGCUGCACCUCAUCCUGCAGGACCGCCCAGACGGAACCUUCCUUCUCCGCUUCAGUGACUCAGAGAUCGGGGGGAUCACCAUCGCCUACGUCUCCUCCUGCGAGAACAGAGGCAGGAGAAUACAGAACAUCCAGCCCUUCACCAAAAGGGACCUGGAGAUCCGUUGCCUGGGCGACCGCAUCCGGGACAUCGAGUUCAUCACGCACGUGUACCCGGACUCGCCCAAAAACGACGUGUUCAAGAAGUAUUACACAGACGACCCUCAGCCUUACAACAGCGGCUACAUCCCCAUCUCCAUCCAGACCAAGGUGGCGGCAGGGGAGACCUCGUCCCCCACGUCUUCAGCGGCGGAGAUCCCACAGGACCCCACGAGCAGGCUCAGUUACCCCGCAAACGCUCUGUAUUCCACCAUGAACCAGCAAGGUAACGGAGUCUUCAGCCCAAGCCAGCAGUUCCAGACCCCCUACCCCACGGACAUCGACGUUUCAGGGGUGCCCUACCACAACCCUCUCAGCAUCAGUCCUCUACAUGACAUGGCACAGGGUAACACUCCCACAACCGACGACAUGGAGCUGGACGAGAUAUUCGCCACAGGGAUAUACGAAAUGCCAUAGCGUGGACACAGCUUCCUACAUUGCAAGUUGACUCCUGCACCAAUCAAACAAACCCAAAAAAUGCCUUCCCUUCCCUGUGGGAUACAGAGGACCAAUCAGCGACAGGAGAUACGUCGUGCCUGUACAGAAACGCUACUUUCUAUUUUUUCUUUUUACUUCAUUUUUGUUCUCUUGCCGUAUCAUAAUGUCUUGUUUUAGGUUUUCCUAAAAUUCCACGUAUCUGAAGACGGGGGUUGCGGCACCGUAUAACUCAACCACAACCCACCACAAUGUCCCGUGCUUUGCUCUGAUUGGGCGUCAGUAGUGUACAGUACUUUUGCCUCUGUCUGCCUCUACUUCAGCCAGAAUGCCUUUUUCAAUUAUAUAUUUCACAUAUCAAAAUAUCAGACUAUACACUGGUUGAUUUAUGUUUCAAAAUUGUUACAUAUAUCUUUGAUAAAAAUAUAUAGAAAUAAAGUUUUUACUCAUCUGUA